AUGCUGCGUCACCUUUUCUUGUCAGCGAUAAUCGUCUCGCUGGCCACAGCAGAUGACAGCAAUUGUGAUGAACCUGGACGCAUUGAAACAUGCUCGUGUUCCACGAAAACCAAGCGAAUUCCAGACGGUUGCAAUCUGGUCAUGGCCAAGUCUGGAAUCAAGGAUUCUGGAUGGGGAGUCUUUACUCUCGCCGGUUUGAACAAGGGAAGUCAGAUUGGAGGAGAUCCAGUCAUCCAAAUACCGGAUAUCACUCCGGAAGGAGCAAAAGGAUCACGACGAUUCAUUUGGGAAUAUCUUUGGGAUGGAAGUGAGACUGGCGGUCAAUACGAAGGUAUCAGAGUCAUGACGUCAGUACCAGGAGUUGGCAUGUUGGCAAAUGGAGAUCCGAGAUCAUUCAACAUAUUACCUGGCAAAGCAAUAGUCAAUAACUUUGGGUUUUCACGACAAAGUUCUCCAGCAGCUGGAUCAAUGACAGCCUACCGAAAUUAUACUUGGUAUGUGACAAGGGAUCUCCCAGCUGGAUCUGAAUUGAUUGUGAAUUAUGGUGUGAACUGGUUCAAAGAACGUGGUUUCAAACAAGAGUCGUAUGAGCCAAAACCAUUUGAUCUACAAGCUUUGCACGACAAUGGAUACUGCUUGGACAAUCUUCGACCAGGUGAUUCAACGAUUCCACAUGCAGGCAGAGGUGCUUUUGCCACUAGAGAUUUCGAGGAAGAAUCGAUCAUUGCUCCUAUUCCAGUGCUCGUAAUAUCUGACAGUGGAUUGGCCCAAAUGAAGCAACGCGAAAAUGGGGAGAUUGUUGUCCAGCAGCAACUGCUUCGAAACUAUUGUUUCGGACAUCCCAAUUCGUCAUAUUCACUACAUUCCUAUGCUCCAAUGGUGAAUCUGAUCAAUCAUGACGACAAGACACCCAAUGUCAAACUCCAAUGGGCAGAAGAAAGCGUUCCUCUGUUCUCAAAGCCCGUAUUUAUGAUGCAGGAUUCCUCCACAAAGCUGCUAUUGGAGCUCGUAGCGAUUCGCCCGAUAUCCAAAGGAGAGGAAAUUGUACUUGACUACGGUUCAGAAUGGGUGGAUGCAUGGGAAUUUCACAAACAACAGUGGAAACCAUCGACCGACGACUACCAAGACGCAAACGAAAUAAACAACUCGUAUCCAAUCUUGCUAACGGAAACCGAGCUUCAAACAGCUCCCUAUCCAAACGGUGUAUUCACCUCUUGUUUCUACCGAUUCAGCAGUGAAACCUACGUCCAAGUGGCCGAAUGGAAGCUAGCAAGGGGUCUCCUGCAGAGCUCCAAUUUGCGCCCUUGUUCGGUCGUGGAACGAGUAUCUCGAUCCCAGGACGAUGUCACAUAUACAGUUCGAAUGUUCAACCACCCUGGACUUGCACAAGCACAUCGAAUACCAAAGGGACGAUCGCACAUAGUCCGUCAUGUCCCAAGAGAAGCUAUUGUCUUUUCCAACAAACUCUACACGACGGAUCAGCAUUUGGAGACUGCCUUUCGAAAGGAAAUUAGCUUGGGAGAUAUAUUCCCAAUUGAAUGGAUGGAUUUGAAGUAG